AUGACCACAGACCACAAAGGCAGCACGCCAGGACCAGUUGAACGACAGACCACGCUACAAUCAAUACCUCCGCUUCCUCCGACAGGGGAGGUUGCAUUACCUCGCUUUGAUGCAUCUGAGCAGACGCUGACGGAGAAGCCAUGCGACUCAUCUUGUUGCCCCCAAGAUGACCCCUCGAAACCCGAGCAUCAGCACCAACCUCAGAGUCCUGCCAUUUUGCCUUCGGCCUCAUCUUCUACAGAUGCUGAACGUCUAGCUGAGGAUGGAGAGGAAGUCACCUACCCAGAAGGCGGCCUCCAGGCCUGGCUUGUCGUCUUGGGCUCCUUCUGCGGUAUGCUGGCUGCUUUCGGAUUGAUGAAUACCAUAGGCGUGCUCCAAGCCUACUUGAGCACCAACCAGUUGUCAAACUACAGCGAGUCCCAGAUUGGGUGGAUCUUCAGUCUCUACGUCUUCCUCUCCUUCUUCUGCGGAAUUCAGAUUGGGCCCGUCUUCGACGCCCACGGGCCGAAAUGGCUGAUUCUAGCCGGCAAUGUACUGCUUGUCGUCUCCACUCUCCUCCUGGGAGUCUGCACAGAAUACUGGCACUUCCUAAUAGUCUUCGGCCUCCUCGCCGGCGCCGGUACCUCCCUAAUCUUCACGCCCGCCAUCUCCGCAAUCGGGCACUUCUUCCUGCUCAAGCGCGGCAACGCCACGGGCAUCGGCGCCAUGGGCGGCAGCAUCGGCGGCGUGGUCUUCCCGCUUAUGCUGCAGUCUCUGCUCCCUCGCCUCGGCUUCGCAUGGUCGACACGCAUUCUUGGUUUCAUUUUUAUUGCGCUUUGCGGCGUCGCGCAGCUGCUGAUCCGCUCGCGGCUGCCGCGGAAGCCGGGGAGUUCCGUUUUGCCGGACUUUAGGAUCUUGAGGGAGCCGGCGUUCGCGCUGAGUACUGCGGGCGUGUUUUUUAUGGAAUGGGGCCUCUUCAUCCCAAUAGCAUAUUUGACCUCUUACGCUCUAAGCUCCGGCGCAAUGACCGAAACCUUCAGCUAUCAGCUCAUCGCGAUCCUGAACGCUGGCUCCUCGAUCGGCCGCUGGGCGCCCGGCUACUUCGGGGACCGCUUCGGAAGGUUCAAUUGCAUGGUUGUUACGCUGUUCCUGUGCGGGCUGACCACGCUUGCGCUAUGGCUUCCUGCGUCGUUCCUCUCCGCUAAUGGCCACUCUGAUGGCGGCGUCGUGGGGAAUGGCGGCGUCGUCAAAGCACUUACGAUAACUUAUGCGUUUGUUUUUGGCGUCGCUUCGGGGAGCAAUAUCUCGUUAACGCCGGUUUGCAUUGGGCAGUUGUGUGAUACGCAUGAGUAUGGGAGGUAUUAUGCCACUUGCUAUACCAUCGUUUCUUUUGGGACGCUUACGGGGAUUCCGAUCGCGGGCGCCUUGCUGGAAGCGUGUGGGGAUAGGUAUUAUGGGACCAUUCUGUUCACCGGAGGUUGUUAUGUAGUGAGUCUGGCGGCAUUUGUGUGGGCGAGGUGGAUCAAGGUUGGUGGGGGAUGGACUGUGAAGUAUUGA